AUGGUAGGAAACCCCAAACCCCAAACUCACCAUGUUGCCGUUUUGGCCUUCCCUUUUGGGAGCCACGCAAGCGCUCUUCUUGACGUUGUUCUCAAACUAGCUCCAGCUUCCCCACACGUCCUCUUCUCCUUCUUCACCACUUCUAGAGCGAACACCUCCCUACUCUCCAAAGUCUCGCUUUCGAGCUUCCACAAUGUUGAGCCUCACGACGUGGCGGAUGGGUUGCCCGAGGGUUUCAUGCCCUCAGCCAACUUUGAGGAAGCUAUCGGGUUGUUUUUUAAGGCGGCGGCCGGUAACUUCAUGAGGGGUUUGAAGAACGCCGAGGCGGCUACGGGUUUGAAGGUCAGGUGUUUGGUGACCGAUGCGUUCUUUUGGUUCGGGGGAGAUAUGUCGGAAGAGAUCAAAGUGCCCUGGGUGCCAGUUUGGACUAGUGGACCACGGUCACUUCUUGUUCAUGUAGAGACUGACUUCAUACGGGAAAGGGUUGGAACCGUUACCGGUGGAAAACAGGCGCUUGACUUCCUUCCCGGAUUUUCAAGAUUUCAGAUACGUGACUUACCGGAUGGAGUAGUAACAGGAAACUUAGAUUCACCCAUAGCAACCCUGCUACACAAAAUGGGACAAAAACUGCUCAAAGCAACUGUUGUUGCUGUUAACUCUUUCGAUGACGUAGACCCUGAAAUUGAGAAUGCGCUCAAGUCAAGGUUUCAGAAGUUGCUCAACUAUGGACCGAUGAGCCUAAUAUCAAGAUCACCACAAUCGCCCGAAGACGAAAGUGGUUGCAUAGAGUGGCUGGACAAGAACAAGCCUGCAUCUGUAGUAUAUAUUGCCUUUGGAAGCGCGGCAACCCCACCACCUCAUGAGCUAGAAGCCCUAGCUCAAGCGUUGAUUGAAACUGGGUUUCCAUUUAUUUGGUCAUUUAGGGGCAACAUAGAGGAUUUCUUGCCUAAAGGGUACAACAAAAGUAGCCUAAAUGGGAAAAUAGUUUCAUGGGCUCCACAAGUGCAGGUCUUGGGACAUGCCUCAGUUGGGGUUUUUGUGACACAUGCUGGGUGGAAUUCGGUUAUGGAGAGUAUUUCUGGUGGGGUGCCUAUGAUUUGCAGGCCAUUUUUUGGUGACCACACACUCAACAUGAGGAACAUAGUGGCUGUUUCGGGAAUUGGAACUGAGUUUGAGGGAGGGGUCAUUACAAAAAUUGAAAUGGUGAAGGCCUUGGAACUUGUUUUGAAGCAUAAAGGACAGCAAAUGAGAGACAAAAUCGGGGCCCUUAAAAUUCUUGCUCAACAAGCGGUUGAAUCUAAUGGUAGCUCUAGCCAAGCUUUCAAUAGCUUGGUGGACAUUGUCACCAAGUAA